GCGAGGAGCCUCCGAAUCUGGAUCCCCCGAAAGGGGUGGAGACACUUGGGGCCCUGCCGGCAGUGCGGAGGAUGCUUCUCACGAUGCAGGUACGCUGGACUCGGGGUCUCGAAAUGGAGGCUUCGUUCUGGAGAGGUAAGCUGUCCCUGGAUCCGGAGGAGAAUGUGAGCCUGGAGCGGUUGAAGCAAUGGCUAGCCACUGGCGCUGUGCCCUGGACGCUGCCAGGAGAUGACCUUUGUGGUUACGUUGCAGACGCGCGGAAGACACGUGGUAAAAGCUACACCGGGGGGAAGAUCCCGCGUGUGCUGAACGCCGGUUCUGGCCCGUUGGCGCCGAAGCCUCUAGAUUGCCAGCUGGACGGACGACCUUCCGCGGUGAAGGUCGUGGCUGCAGACGGCCUGGCACGAUUCUACAAUCGUGUUCUGGACGAGCGAGAGUUGAAGCCACCGUAUUUGCCCCUCCAAUGCCCGGUCGAGGAGCUGCAUGAGUGUUUUCCAUCUCCCCACUUCGACGCGGUCCACAUCCGAAACGCAUUGGAUCAUAGCUUCGAUCCUGUCUUGGGCAUCCAGCGUAUGCUUCAGGUGACCCGGCCACGUGGCUGGGUCCUGCUGCGGCAUGCGCGGAACGAGGGUGUGCCCGGCCAAUUCCGCAACGGCCAAGGGAAGCUCCGGCACCAGUUCUUCCAGCCCUUCCCCUUUUGCCGCGUCGGCGUCGCCCAGCAGAAGAUGGCAGUGGCGGCGGCCCAGCCCCCACAGGUUGCAAGCGCAGCAUCGAUCGCCGUGCCCAAGAAGAAGGCCCACUGGGCCGUGAGCUUCCUGGCCGGCUUCUGCUCGGGGGCGACGGAAGUUUCUGUGACGAUGCCCUUGGACACGGUGAAGACCUACUGCCAGGUCAACCGCACUGGACUGGGCCCAGUGGCCGGUGCACAGCAGAUUUACCAACUCAAGGGAAUUCACGGCUUUUACUUCGGGUUGCCUGCGGUGCUGGUUCAGGUGGCUGGAAAGGGUGCAAUCCGAUUCACUGCCUUCGAGCAGUUCAAGUUCCUUUUGCAGUACUGCGUGCCGAAGCCCUCCGUGGAUUUCCUCGCGGGGAUCGGUGCUGGAUUCGCAGAGGCCUUCUUGUGGACGACGCCCACAGAGAGAUUGAAGGUCCUGCGCCAGAACGACAUCAAGUCUGGACUGAAUCGCUACUCCAGCCUGGUGGGCUCCAUCCGCACCGUAGCCACCGAUCACGGCAUCCGGGGUCUUUAUGCAGGCAUCGGCGCCACGGGCAUCCGGCAAGCUUCUGGAGUUGGAGUUCGCUUUGCACUUUAUGGCCAUGUCAAGUCUGCUCUCACCACCGACCCACCGCAGAUGUGGCAGUCGGCGGUUGCAGGCGGCAUUACGGGCUGCUGCAGCACACUCCUGAACAAUCCCAUCGAUGUGAUCAAGUCACGAAUCGAAGCACAGGAUGGCAACACCAAGGAGUACACGAGCACUUUGCAGGCAUUUCGAAAAAUUUGGCAACAAGAGGGUGCCUUGGCUUUCUACAAAGGCGUUGCACCACGGUUGAUGAAAAUCUCGAUCGGUCAGGCGAUCACGUUCUCGGCUUACGAGGCAUAUUCCUCGGCGUUUUCCAGCUUGACGGGUUUGUGA